AUGCUGGACGGCCUCCUGCUGCUGCCGGCGCUGAUGGUGAUGGCCAUGCCCUCCCGCAGCCUGCAAGACGAUGAGCUGGCGGCGAACGUGGUGCAGUACGAGUGCGUGUGCGAAGGCAUGUCCUGCGGCAAUGGGGACCGCUGCCGUGGCCAGCAGUGUUUUGCCUCCCUCAGCAUUAACGAUGGGGCCAAGGUCUACCAGAAGGGCUGCUUCCAGGUCUACGAGCAAGGGAAAAUGACCUGCAAGACACCCCCCUCUCCCGACCAGGCUGUCGAGUGCUGCCAGGGCUACCUGUGCAACAUGAACAUCACCGCCCAGCUGCCGUCCUCGAAAGGGCAAACUCUUCAGGGCGAAGCUGUAGGUUACAGCAUGGAAACACUAAUCAUUGUUAUACUGGCUCCUGUGGUAGUGCUGAUAGUUUUUUCUGCGGUAGCUGUGCUGGUCAUCCGGAGAAUACAGAAAAACCACAUGGAGAGGCUCAACUCCAGAGAUGCAGAAUACGGCACCAUCGAGGGACUGAUCGCAUCCAACGUGGGCGACAGUACAUUGGCCGAUUUACUGGACCAUUCCUGCACAUCUGGAAGUGGCUCUGGGCUUCCUUUCCUGGUACAAAGAACAGUGGCUCGCCAGAUCACGCUUGUCGAGUGUGUAGGAAAGGGCCGAUACGGAGAGGUUUGGAGGGGUCAGUGGCAAGGAGAAAAUGUUGCUGUGAAGAUCUUUUCUUCUCGGGAUGAAAAAUCCUGGUUCAGGGAAACUGAAUUGUACAACACUGUAUUGCUGCGUCAUGAAAACAUUUUGGGUUUCAUUGCGUCUGACAUGACUUCCAGGAACUCGAGCACUCAGCUGUGGUUGAUCACCCACUACCAUGAGAUGGGGUCUCUCUACGACUACCUGCAGCUCACGACCCUGGACACCAUCAGCUGCCUGCGGAUAGUCCUCUCCAUAGCUAGUGGUCUUGCACAUUUGCACAUAGAGAUAUUUGGAACCCAGGGCAAGCCGGCCAUUUCCCACCGGGACUUGAAGAGCAAAAACAUCCUGGUCAAGAAGAACGGGCAGUGCUGCAUAGCAGACCUGGGCCUUGCCGUCAUGCACUCCCAGAGCACCAACCAGCUGGACGUGGGCAACAACCCGCGCGUGGGCACCAAGCGCUACAUGGCUCCCGAGGUGCUGGACGAGAGCAUCCAGGCGGACUGCUUCGACUCCUACAAGCGAGUUGACAUCUGGGCCUUCGGGCUGGUCCUCUGGGAGGUGGCGAGGCGCAUGGUUAGCAAUGGUAUCGUAGAAGACUAUAAACCACCGUUUUAUGAUCUGGUUCCAAAUGACCCCAGUUUUGAAGACAUGAGAAAAGUGGUGUGUGUAGAUCAGCAGAGGCCGAACAUUCCCAACAGGUGGUUCUCAGACCCGACACUAACAUCACUUGCCAAGUUGAUGAAAGAAUGCUGGUAUCCAAAUCCAUCAGCGAGACUAACAGCCCUGCGAAUCAAAAAGACUUUGACCAAAAUUGAUAAUUCCUUAGAUAAACUGAAAGCUGACUGUUGACCUUCUUCUCAUGGUGCUCUCCUGAUAGGAAGGCAUUUGCCUGGACAGAAGCAGUCUGGCCAGGCAGGUCAUGUACUUGGUCCCCCCGUGGCUUCUUACAGACACAGAAGUUCUUACCGGGCCGCCUGUUUGGGAGACAUUGGAACCCUCUGGACUUUGCUCAGUGACUACAACGGGCAUUUCACAAACGGUCAAGCUCUGGAGCCUCGCGGUGGAGGCGCUGUUGCAAAGGUAGCGAGUGGCCUGAAGGAAGACAGAGAAAUCCUAAGACAAGAUCAGGGCAUUAAACAAUGGCUUUGAA